AUGGAUGAAAGCAGGCCCCCCAAAAACUUUCACCUCGUCCUCUGCGGCGCUUACAAUGCACGAGCCGAUUCAUGGUUUUUUGGCGAUUUUGUUGGCCUUUGUAAUUUAUUGAAGGAGAGCGGAGUCGGUGGAGAUUUCGUUUCUUGUUAUCCCACUGAUGAGUACUUUACCCAUCCUAAGACUCCCGAUAGUAUAAAGUUUGGGGCGUUCCGAAGUACGACAGCAGCUACAGCUACUUAUACAAAGCGCCAGCAUGAAAUGCGGGCGCCAUUCUAUGAGCAGAUCGAGAAGGAACGAAUCAAGGGUUAUCUCUUAGAUUGGCUUAAGGAAAAGUCUCUGAGCGCGCAAUCAGGGGAUGCAGUCAGCAUUUGGAUUUUAUCGCACGGAAACCACAAGGGUUUAAGGCUUGGGGAGGAGCUCUUGAAACCGAGCGAAUUAGUUAAGGCCACCGAAGAGUUCAAUGAUGGCGUACAGGUCAAUAUCGCUUUCUCAGCUUGCCAUUCAAGCCGGUUCGCGAAAGCAUACUCGGAAUGUCCUCAGACAUUUCGUUAUAUCCAGUGUGCGGCCGAGAAACUUUCAUGGGCGCACCAUCCGACAGGAACUCUGCGACGACGGAAUAGUCGUUUCAUUCAAGCCAUGGCUAGUUCCCUAACGGGGGAGGGGUUAGCUAGGCAAGGUUAUCACUACCGUGCAGGCCCGUGGAAUGUCUCGAAGCAUGAGAACUAUAUAAAGGAUCAGGUCCAACGAAAGGUAUCCGAUCCAAAAGAAGCUUCAGUACCUUCCUUCUUCAGAGAUGGUCUAAACCUCAACAGUAUUGUAAAAGACGUACUAUUCCGGGAUUUCAAGGAUAUUACUUACAAUCCCUCCACCGUUUCGAGACGAGGGAGGAGGGAAUGGCCGGGAAGGAACGACUCAGUUGUUACAAGCUUGGACAUGAUUCCGAAUUACGCUUCGUCAAGGCCCGCUAGAGAGCGAGCAGUAGCACGGAUGAGAACGCUGUUUGCACCUUUCGCCGCUCAAGGUAGUAAAGCGGGAGUCGUCCACUGUGACUGGGGCUUCGGGGAAUCCGGAUCAGCUACAGCGUCGUGGGCCGAUGAUGCUGCUGAGAUUAACUGUGCAGUAUAUGCUACGUAUGUACGUGCAAGGUUACAAUCCGCGAUAUGGGACAUUAUAUUCUCCCUUUCUCUGGACGGUUACCUUGACAUAACGAAAGUGUUCGUGCAUCCAGUGCCCUUGAACUGCUCCGAAAAGGAAAGCGAAGCCUUCGGUCAGUAUCUCGGGACUCUGAAGGCAAUUUCUAACUUCGAAGAAUCUAGAUCGCGGUGGCCGCACGAAAUAAGUCCAUAUUUCGAAUCUUUUGUUACACUUCUGAUAGAAUGGUUCGCCAUUGUUGUUCUCCGAGGGAUGACCGUUCCGGCGAUCGAUAUCUUCAAGUAUAUUUUAGAUUCGGAAUGGCUUGGUGACGCCGAUGAAGAGGACCUCGAGGGGGCUGAGAAAACUUACGCCAAUGAUAUGGCUAAUAAGAGUAUGCCGGAGAUCAACAAAGUGGAAACCAACGUUAACCUGGUUGGGUUUUUCUUGCCCAAGCAGCCAGUUCCAGACUGUGGAAGUGCCGGCGGUCUCUCGCUUUUGGGGAAACUUGACGAGGAUUUCGUAAAAACUUUUUCUGAAUUUGAAGAAUUCACCAAGGCUUAUUUCAAUUGGGACGAUCAAAUUGUGGCAUUGAUGGGGGAGGACCCGUGGGCAAAGCAACUUGCCGAAGUUAAAGAAUUGAUCCCUUCGGAAGUUUGCCCAUAG